UUCAAAAAUCUUAACUAUUUGCUUCAGUAGUAUUCAUGAGUUUAUGUGUUGAAGUAUGUUAAAAAACCUGAGUAAUAUUAUUUAACUUGUGUAUCAAUGAUUCGCAACUUUUACGUAUAAAAUCAAAAUUAUUUCUAAAUACCUUUUUCGGGUAUUAACUUUUUAUAAUUCGUGUUAGUUUAAUAUUUUUCUUACUGGUGUUAGUAGAUGAACAUUUUUUCUACAUUUUCAAGGAAAAAUUUAGUUUUUGCUAACAUCAAAAGUUUGUGUAAAGCUAGGAAGUGCUUUCAACGAAUUCGAGUUGUAAAUAUGGGUUUGCUGUCUGAAGGUAGCCCUCUUUCAUGGGAAGAAACAAAGGCGUUGGCAGAACACGUGCGUCAACACGGAAUAGAACAAUUUAUUAACUUAUACAGUAAACUACGAGAACGGACUGGAGAUGUCUUAAAAUGGGGAGAUGAGGUUGAAUACAUAAUAGUAAAAUUUGAUGAUGAAAAUGAGCGUGCUACUGUGAGUUUGAGAGCUGAUGAUCUGUUACCAAAACUGCAAGAAAAGGAGCAUGCAGAUCCACAGAAUGUUAAAUCAUUGUGGCGUCCUGAGUAUGGAGCGUACAUGAUUGAAGGCACACCGGGGAAACCUUAUGGUGGCUUAUUGGCUCAUUUUAAUAUUGUAGAAGCUAAUAUGCAAUAUCGUAGAGCUGAAGCCAGUACACUGCUGAAUAAUGGAGAAGUGAUAAUGAGUAUCACAAAUUUUCCAAGAUUAGGUUGUCCAAACUUUACAAAUCCACCAUUUACUCCUAACCCAAAGACUGGAGUAACUCUGUCACAUUUUUUCCCUGAUGAAGCAAUAUUUCCGGGACAUCCUCGUUUUAAAACAUUAACAGCGAAUAUAAGAGAGCGGAGAGGGGAAAAAGUAGCCAUCAACAUACCAAUCUUUAAAGAUUUAAAUACGAAAAUACCAGUGGACAACUCUCAUGACCUGGAGCCAGGGAUAGCUUUACCAGACUGUGUGUAUAUGGACGCUAUGGGUUUCGGCAUGGGCUGCUGCUGUCUGCAGCUCACAUUCCAGGCUUGCUGUAUCACCGAGGCACGAACAUUGUACGAUCAGCUUGCGCCGCUAUGCCCUAUCAUGCUGGCGCUGUCCGCGGCGUCACCGAUAUACCGCGGCUACCUGACCGACGUCGACUGUCGCUGGAACGUGAUCUCGGCCUCGGUGGACUGUCGCACGCGCGAGGAGCGCGGUAUUGAACCACUCAAGACCAACAAGUUCCGUAUACAGAAGUCCAGAUACGAUUCCAUUGAUUCCUAUCUAUCACCGGAUCAUGAGAAAUACAACGACAUUCCGAUAGUGCACGACGCGGCGAUCUACCGGCGGCUGCGUGAGGGAGGCAUCGACCAUCCACUGGCGCUGCACGUCGCACACCUCUUCAUCCGCGACACCGUCUCUCUCUUCUCUGAGAAAGUCAACCAGGACGACAAGAAUGACACCGAUCAUUUUGAAAACAUUCAGUCGACGAACUGGCAAACGAUGCGCUUCAAGCCGCCGCCGCCCAACUCCUCUAUCGGGUGGCGCGUGGAGUUCCGGCCGUGCGAGGCGCAGCUCACCGACUUCGAAAAUGCCGCCUACGUCUGUUUCGUGGUGCUGCUCACGCGCGUCAUACUCUCCUAUAGGCUCAACUUCGUCAUGCCGAUCAGCAAGGUGGACGAGAACAUGCAGCGUGCGCAGCGGCGCGGGGCGUGCCUGUCGGAACGGUUCUGGUGGCGCCGCGACGUGGGCGCGCCCGCAGCGCCCGGCCUCACGCCGCAAGCGCCCGACGCCAGCGACCAGUACGCCGAGAUGUCUAUUGACGAAAUUGUUAAUGGAAAGGAAGGCAUAUUCCCCGGGCUGAUCCCGCUGAUCGAGUCUUAUCUGUCGGGCAUGGACGUGGACGCGGACACGCACUGCUCCGUGCAGCAGUACCUCAAGCUGAUCCAGCGACGUGCGCACGGAGACAUCGCCACUAUGGCCGCCUGGAUGCGUCACUUCGUCACCUCGCACCCGCAAUACAACAAAGACUCAGUAGUGUCAGAGAAGAUAAAUUACGACCUACUGAAGACAGCGCACGGCAUCCAGACGGGUAAGAUCCCCGCGCCCUCGCUGCUCGGCACCAGCAACGUCUCCAAGACCAACGAAGACAUUCCCAAGGCGUUCAGCAAAAUGAUGAGCAAGGACUGCCCCUAGCGGGCGCCCUAGUGCCUUCCACUGCGGCCCAAUCAACAAGUACUUGUUACAUCAUACCAGUGCACGAUAACAUGACGCCUGUCCGAUGACGUCACUACAGGGUUAUGUACGUUGUACAAAAAAGGUUAAGUAAUGCGAUUUGAUGGAAUACUAAAAUAUCAAAUACUCGUUUUAUAUUUGUAAACUACCUUCAUAGGCCGCGCGUUAGUUACUACUUACUUUUGGCUUAUAUCGUGAAAUAUUUGGUUUAAUAAUCGUUAAACAAGGAAUGUUACAAUGGAGAAAGUUAGACGAUGAAAGAGGAUUUGCCGUAUUCCAUAUGGGUGUCAUGUUAUUGUGCACGCGUAGCAUUUAUUGUUGCCUUUAAUAGUUUAUACACGACAAUUAUAUAGAUAGUGCCGCUGUCCAGGAAGCUGCAGCGGUAAAUGUUAUAAAUUUAUAUCGGUUUAAAUCAAUUAAAACUUCAAGUAUACUUAGAAAAACAUUAUUGUGGAAAGUAACAUGCAUACUACUCACUGUUCUGUGCAUUAUCGCUUUGCGACUUUAUGAUACACCACUAAGAGGCCGCUAAGCCUCUAUCAAAGUGUCUAUUCAAACUUACAAGCGAUCAGUUUAUCCAUUUAUUAUAUACAAAUUAAACUGUGAUUGAUUUAUUAUUACUCUUCUUAGAACAUUCAGGUUAUUUAAUGAUGAUUUCUUUGAUUUUCUUA